UACACAUCCAACACCAUGACCAACUCCUGUUGCUGCCAGCCUACCUGCUGUAGGACCACCUGCUGCAGGACCACCUGCUGGAGACCAAGCUGUGUGACCAGCUGCUGCCAGCCCUGCUGCCAGCCCAGCUGCUGUGGCUCCAGCUGCUGCCAGCCUUGCUGUCAAACCACCUGCUGUAGGACCUGCUUCCAACCAAGCUGUGUGAGCAGCUGCUACAGCACACCCUGCUGCCAGCCCAGCUGCUGUGUGUCCAGCUGCUGCCAGUCCUGCUGCCAGCCCAGAUGCUGUGAGUCCAGCUGCUGCCAGCCCUGCUGCCAGCCCAGGUGCUGUGUCUCCAGCUGCUGCCAGCCCUGCUGCCAGCCCAGAUGCUGUGAGUCCAGCUGCUGCCAGCCCAGGUGCUGUAUCUCCAGCUGUUGCCAGCCCUGCUGCCAGCCCAGAUGCUGUGAGUCCAGCUGCUGCCAGCCCAGGUGCUGUAUCUCCAGCUGCUGCCAGCCCUGCUGCCAGCCCAGGUGUUGUGAGUCCAGCUGCUGCAAGCCCUGCUGCCAGCCCUUCUGCCUCAACCUGUGCUGCCAGCCUGCCUGCUCUGGACCUGUCACCUGCACCAGGACUUGCUACCAGCCCACAAGUGUCUGUGUGCCUGGAUGCCUCUCCCAAGGCUGUGGGUCCUGCUGCUCCCAACCUUGCUGUUGAUGACUCUAUCUUCUGUCACAUGCUGCCUUGCUAUCAUCUAACCAAAAUCCUCCAACAAAAUUCACCCUGUAUGCUUUGCCAUCAUUAACUAUCUACGGGUUG